AUGGAGGCCUCUGCUUUGACGCCGCAUGGAACUGCCUUUCCAGAAGAGGGGCGAUGCGGUUAUUUUGUGGAAAAGAAGAAGCGGUUCUGCAGGAUGGUGGUGGCAGCCGGAAAAAGGUUCUGUGGUGAACACGCUGGAGCCUCGGAGGAAGAAAAUGCUCGGAAAAGAAUUCUGUGUCCUUUAGAUCCAAAACACACAGUAUAUGAAGAUCAACUAGCAAAGCAUUUGAAAAAGUGUAACUCAAGAGAGAAGCCAAAACCUGACUUCUUUAUUCAAGAUAUUAAUGCAGGCUUAAAAGACGAAACUGAAAUACCGGAUCAAUUAGUUCCAAUUUCGUCUCUCUCUGAAGAGCAGCUGGAAAACUUAAUUAAGAAAUUGAGAAAAGCAAGUGAAGGUUUGAACUGCACACUUAAAGAUCAAAUUAUGUCCCAUCCAGCAUUGCAUGAUGCCCUUAAUGACCCUAAAAAUGGUGAUUCUGCAGCCAAACAUCUGAAACAGCAGGCUUCUAUUUUAGGUAACAUUGAAAAUUUAAAGUUACUUGGUCCAAGAAGAUGCUUUGUUGAAUUUGGAGCAGGAAAGGGAAAAUUAUCUCAUUGGGUUGAUAUUGCCUUAAAGGAUGCUGAAAAAGUUCACUUCAUCCUAGUAGAAAAGGUGACCACAAGAUUCAAGGUAGAUGGCAAACACAGAAAGAAAAAUUCAGUGUUUGAAAGACUUCAAAUUGAUAUUCAACACUUGUGUUUGAACAAGAUUCCUUUGCUGAGCAAAGAAAAACUACCUGUGGUAGGAAUUGGAAAACAUCUGUGUGGUGUGGCAACAGAUCUUGCAUUACGAUGUUUGGUUGAAACCUAUGCUGCCAGUUGUGAGGAAAGGAAUGAAGAACCUUUAGCCAAACGCAUAAAGAAUGAUAAAACAGAAAAAGAAAUUAACACUUUGGCCAAGGAAGGAAAUGAAAAAAAUACCCCAGAGAAGUGGACCCCUGUGGCUGGCAUUGCUAUUGCACUCUGUUGUCACCACAGGUGUGAUUGGAGACAUUAUGUGGGCAAAGAAUAUUUCAGGGCUCUGGGCCUUGGAGCAGUGGAUUUCCACUAUUUCCAGCGAAUGAGUAGUUGGGCGACUUGUGGGAUGCGAAAAACGUCUUUGGAAGCUUCAAAUAUUUCCACAAAAAGAAGAGAUAAACAGAAUGAUGGCAGUGAAGAGCAUGAUGACGGAGGAUACACAAUCACUGAUGACAGCCCUGAGAGUUUGCCUGGGUUUCUUACUGUUGAAGAAAAGAAGAAAAUAGGGCAUCUUUGUAAAUUGCUGAUUGACCAAGGCCGAAUCAAGUAUUUACAGCAGAAAGGCUUCAGUCCUGCUUUACAGUACUACAUAGACCCUCUGGUGUCUUUAGAAAAUGUAUUGUUAACUGCUUUACCAAAUCAUUCUUUAUCACCAGAAACAAGUGCUUAA